AUGCCUUCCUCGCAACUCUGGGCUCCUCAGCCAAAGCGUGAGCAGAGCAGCGUCAGGACGUGGCUUUCGCUCUCACCCGUGAGUCUGACGCGCAGCACGACCAUGCUUAUCUCCCACUCACACCUUCCAGAUCUCCUCUGCUAUCCCAUCGCCAGCAGUCGAGCCAGCGACUGGCAGCCCAUCCGAGCUAAAGGACGAGCUCGUGCUCCUUCCAGCCGAAAGCAAAUUCCUCAGCAACCAGUCCCGCCACUCUUCCAUGUCGUCCACCGCUUCCACCGGUUUCCGACACCCCAGUCUGGGCCAGCGCGUGGGAGCUCACUGCGACAUCGAGAGGAGAGAGGUCUUCCUUGCUCGCACUGGUGGCGUCGCCACUGCCUUCGGAAGCAACAACUGA